GCACGAGACGUCACGGAAAGUGUUUUUGCUUCCUGAUUUGCUGAACUCUGUAGCGUAGUGGUCGGAACUCGGAAGGAUCCGAAGACGGCACCAUGGCGACAGCGAGUGAGAUCGCGGCGGUGGGCGUGAUCGGCGCGGGGCAGAUGGGCUCGGGGAUCGCCCAGCUCGCCGCCGCCGCCGGCUGCGCCGUCCUCCUCCUCGACGCCGACCCCACCGCCCUCUCCCGCGCCGUCGCCUCCAUCUCCGCCUCGCUCCGCCGCCUCGCCGCCAAGGGCCAGUUCUCCCAGGCCGCGUGCGAAGACUCCAUCAAGCGGAUAAGGUGCGUCUCCACCGUGCAAGAUCUCAGGGACGCGGAUCUUGUUAUUGAGGCCAUCGUUGAGAACGAAGAUGUCAAGAAGAAGCUGUUUGUGGAGCUGGAUAAGAUCACGAAGCCUUCAACCAUUCUUGCGUCCAACACUAGCUCCAUCUCCAUAACCCGCCUGGGUUCAGCUACCAAACGCCCCUCUCAGGUGAUAGGCAUGCACUUCUUUAAUCCUCCUCCGAUCAUGAAAUUGAUUGAGAUUAUCCGAGGAGCUGAUACCUCAGAUGAGGUGUUUGCUGCAGUCAAAUCUUUUUCCGAGAGGCUCGGGAAGACUGUCAUAUGCUCACAAGAUUACCCAGGAUUCAUUGUGAACCGCAUUCUCAUGCCGAUGAUCAAUGAGGCAUUCUGGGCGCUGUACACCGGAGUGGGCACCAAAGAGGACAUUGACACAGGGAUGAAGCUGGGCACCAACCAUCCAAUGGGUCCGCUGCAGCUCGCCGAUUUCAUUGGGUUGGACGUCUGCCUUUCAGUACUUCGGGUACUUCACAAUGGCCUGGGUGAUAACAAGUACAGCCCAUGCCCUCUUCUCGUUCAAUAUGUUGAUGCUGGCCGGCUUGGGAAGAAGCGUGGAGUAGGUGUAUAUUCAUAUGGGCAGAAAUCUUCAUCUGUCAAGCCAAAGUCAUCUCUGUAAACAUCAGAGCAACUGUUGAGCAAAUAAAAGCAUAUGUAUGUUAUUCUGUAUGUCCAGGGAAAAUAACACACUAGAGCAGUUCAAAAGUACACAGUGAACACUUCCAAGUGGUUCAAAUCACAAUGAUAGGCUUAUGCAGGGUUUUGCUGCUCUAUAUAGAAAAAUGGUUCUCGGUGGUUCAAACUAAUGUGGAAGUCGUGAAAUUUGCA